CAGACGACGCGAAAGGCAGCCACUGCGUGUUCCUCGUGCAAUCUGAUAAGUUCUGUUACACGAGAACACAAUUCAUCACGAAAAUAUACCGCUUUUGGGCAGAAUAAGCCUUGGCCAUCAAUCCCAAAUCAAACAUGCCUCGCGGACGCGUAAACAUGCCGCCCUCGCACUUUGCUCCUCGCUCCUCCCACUCUCAUCCCGACUACAUCGACAUCGACGUCGACGUCGACAUUGACUUCUCCGAGCACCCCCAGCACGACAGUCCGAUGACUGACAAAGCUACACCCCGCCAAAAACGGCCGCAACAGUACCACAGCGAUCUCGACCACGCUCAACGGGCUAACCCAGAGGAGAUGGCUGCCUGGACGGAAGAGAUUUACGACCGGAUCAGGGAGUACCCCGACCCCAUCAACGAGUACCUGUCAAGCAUGCUGCCAUCGGAUACACCUAUCCCUGACUGUCCGCCGACGGACGAACUGUUCACGGUGAUUCCGACCACGGAGGGCACACUCGAAGCGACGAUGUAUGGACCAUUGGUGACGGCACUGAGUCAGCUAGUCAGCUCAUUUCCACUCGACGUGCGGCCUCAGUUCUACAACUACGGCCACAAAACCAUGUAUUUCCCGUAUAAGCCGUAUGAGUCCGAGCAGCACUCGACCAAGCCGGACGUGAUCGCGACUAUACCGGCCCUGCCCGUCGUGGAACCAACUUACCAGUGGAGACAUGUCGCAUUGGUGUUCGAACUCAAGUCGGAGUCAGGUCAUGACCCGAUGGUGCAGCUUGCGAAGAGUGCGCGUAACAUCUUAUUCUCGCAGGGGAGGCUGUUCGCAUUCGUCGUCGGCAUAUACGGGGACCAGGCUCGAAUCUACCGCUUCGACCGCGCGGGAGCGAUGUGUUCACGCCGAUUUGAAUACAAGAAGCGUCCAGAGAUAUUCCACGAGUUCCUGUGGCGACUGCUCCAUCCCAGGCUAUCCGAGUGCAGGCUCGUCGGAGAAGACCCUACGAUGACGCCAGGUACCGGGGCGGACCUAGAUGAAGUGCGCUCUCUGACGAAAGCCCGCGAUCCCAAAUGGGCCAGCACGCAGAAGACGGUGCGGCGGAUCAUCGUGACGGACAAGCAGAAGAACGAGACGACGUAUCUGGCGUACAAGCUGCUCUUCGCGUACAAAGUCGGCGAAGAAGAGGAGAAUAAGGGUAGGAGGUACGUCGUGAAGGAGUCAUGGCGGCAAUUGGGUCGUUUCCGCGAAAGCGACUUCUAUGAGGCGCUACGAGACGCCACGGGGGGCGAACCGAUCUUCGGCGUGGCUUCUUUCAUUCACGCCGAGGAACUCGGUGAUCGCGACGAGGAAGAGCGGAAACGAGAGGCAAAUGCGCGGCGCCUGAGAUCGCAGAGCCGUGCACCUCCGGGCAUGACAUUAGUCGGUUACCGGACCAUUGCAGGGGCGCACAACGCACCGGAGAUGGGGCGGCUGAACGAACGGAGCCAUACACGGCUCGUCUUGGAGACGGUCGGUACGCCGCUCGCGAGGUUCAAGCGUACGAAGCAGCUGGCCAUGGCGCUGCGAGACGCCAUAGAGGGCCGGGUCAUCCACCGCGAUAUCAGUGAAGGGAAUGUGAUGAUCGCUCCAGAGGGUGCCGCCUUCUCAGGCUUCAUCCAGGACCUCGACUACAGUUUCAACUGGAAGUGGUUCCUCCAUAAGCGCGAAACGCAAGUGGAUCUCGCCAAGUGGGAGGAGUACUGUGUUCAACACGGUCACGAGCCGCGCAGCAAGAAGGAUCCAGACAACGACUCCAAGGAGCGCACAGGCACAGUCUUCUUUAUGGCUGUCGAAAUUCUGCAGGCCGAGAUCACCCAUGAAGCACGACAUGACCUGGAGUCGUUCUAUUGGCUCCUUGUCUUCAUCGUGCUCCGGCAUACCAAACAUGGCCACCACCUUGAAACAGGCGCCUUCGGGAGCCUGUUCUGCCACUCCGACUGGGAUCAAUGCGUACGAGAAAAGAAAGCUUGGCUAAUAGACGAGAAAGCCCCUCUGGCGGUGCCUGGGAACGAACCGUUGACGUCAUUGCUCGAAAAACUCCGCAAGCGCACAACGCAUCGCGACAUACUCGAUAUAUUCGAUACGGUGCUAGCUGAAGACGUGGUCUGGCCGGACAACGACGCUGCCCUGGUGUGGAAACUUCCACAGACCGCAACAUUACCGCCAGAGAUGGCGAAGUCGGUGGGCCAGUCGGUGCAGCCGGGCUCUCUGGAUCCAAGGACGGGUGACAAAAGAGAAUCUCCCCGCCCGCCCCCAAAUGACGACGAUCAGCAAGGCAUGAUUGCAGGUGUCUCAAGCGGGGAUGCCGCUACUGGCCAGGUCCAACAAGGGGCAGGUGAAAAGUAUGACGCGGCCACACAAGCAGCUGUCGACGAGCCGGCAGAUGAAGAAAUUGCGUUCUGGCAGGGCAGACCGGCUUCCGUUCAGCCGGCGGUGCAACCCAAGCCCAGUACCUCUCAACCGCGCGCACGGAAGGAGACUCGAGCACAGGUCGGCAGAGGGGCAAAAAGCGGUCGUCGUGCCGAGUCGCCGCCAGCGGCGAAGCGUCCAGCAACCCGCAAGAGAGCAGCACCGAGUCGCAGCGUCGCCGAGACGUGGCCGGCCAGCCAUGUUGACGCGGAGGGUGCAAGCUCAGGUCAUCGCUACAAUCUCCGUUCGUCUAGCCGCCGUAACUUGGCUGUGCCGAGCACAUCUGACGCAGUCGAUGUUGCGCCGAUUGCUGGGCGGCGGACGACCCGUUCGCGCGCACAGGCGACGUCGAAGGAGCAGGACACGGGCUCGAGGGACAGCAGUGUGGGGAAGCGUGGCCGUGCUAGAGAGGAACCUGAUGGGAUCGAAGAAGACCCAGAGUCGCAGUCGUCGAAACGGCAGAGGACUCUCAGUCAACCCCGAGGCAGGAAGACGGCGAAGAAGCAGGGAAAGAAACCGUGACUGGCUUUAAUUUGCAUCCAGCCCGCAAGUCGUUGGCUGGGUCCACCGUAGAUGAGGAUUUGACAGUGUGUAAUAGAGUAUCGGUUUCUUCAUUCAU